UGCUUUGGAGGAAGGAGGCCGAGGACGCGGCUGGCUUUUCCUGUGCGCUCCAGGUUGGCAGCCGCCUCGCAAUGGCGGAGCCCCGUCGUUGGGUGCGAUGGUGUGCACCUCGCCGGUGUCGUCUGCGUGUUGUCAGUGCUGUAUGGCUGUUGUCUGUGCCCUAGAGCCUACCGACAGGCUCGUGGCGCGUCCGGGGCGGCUGGAUCAGGGCCGGGGUUGGGGCGCCGCUGCAUUUGCCUGCGCGUUUUGCAGACCUCUGGGUGGUACUCGGGUGGGUUUCCCCACCUUCUGAUCGCCUCUUCCACCUCCACACUCCCUACCUGACUGCGUCUACAGCUCUCUAAUCUUUAGUAACUGGUGAAGCGCGGGAAGGGACCUCACUCUGCAGGAGCCGUGCCCUCUGCUCUCUGUUCGCUGGGUCCCCUAGCUGCUGAUUUGCAGCCAGGGCGUUCGCCAUUCCUCGAUCCCCUACGUUAGAGCAGGACUCGCCCGCCUGCUCUGGCGCCUGCGAGGGGUUACAAUGUUGUAUGUUGCCUGCGAGGGAAAGGAGUGAGUUGUGAAACUAUGUUGUAAAUUGUUUCUUGGAAAGUACUGUGAGACUCCCGCAAGGCGUGAAAGGCAAAGUGUACCCUUACCCGAGUGGCUUGAUGCAGCGUUUAAUCCGCUUAUUUUAGAGAUUCGGAUCAGCCUUCCAAAGACUGCAACACUGAAUAAUUCUGGUCCUGAUGGAAAACUUCUGGAAACCUGUUGGAAACGUAAAAAUUGAGGGAGCCAAGAGUGGGACUGAGUGGAAGCUGGCCAGAGUGGGGUGCAGAGUGCCUUAAAGGUACAUGUGUGUGUCCUAAAAGUUUUUGUGGGUGGAUACAGGGCUGCAAAGGAUUGCUUCGUUAUGGGAUUAAGCGCUAAAGCUGUUGAGAUAAGGACUUGCUUCCUACCAAGUUAAGAAGAAGGAACACACGCAGAACACACAAGACACAAGAGUCAUUUGCUGGAAGUUGAGACGAGAAGCGGGCUGAAAAGCCUCAGCCUUUAGCAAGCAAAAAGUUUGACACGGGCUGCUUUCUUUUCUCGUAAUUUUUCUGACCACGUACUCUGACUGUGAGCACUGAUGUAAAAACACACAGCACUGCUUAAAUAAAAUCCCUUUCAGAUACCGGGUGUGCGGGGGCGGGAGGGGGGGGUCCUGACUGAGCGGAGCUGGCAGAAGGUGUGAAGUUAAAGGAGGACCAGCUGCCCUGGAGUGGGACCACCCGCCAGCGCUGUCCGAGGAGCUGCUCCGCUGGGCAGCACCGGGUUGAUGGCUUCUCCACCUGUGAAAGUACAUCAGGUCUUUGGGUUGUCCCCUCCUCUGGCUCCUCUCCCUGCUCCCUCACUGUCCCCUCUAGCCUCCUUCCCCACCAGUGCCCAGGUGCCUCCUGCGCCAGGUCACCGGGGAUGGUCCCUGAAUUGGGUGGUCAGGAUUCUGGAGCACCAGCCCCCCCACAGUUGGAGCUCCUCAGCUUGGUUUGCUUUAGAAUCCAUGCCUGUGUUUUCCCCCACAUAUGCCCAGAGUCCUUUAACACAAGUAGUAUAUUUAUAUGUACAACUUGACCUCUAACUUCUACGGUGAAGCCCGUAUCGGAAGGAGAAUGGAACCAGUUUCCUGCAUGUUGAGAGGAGGUGAAAUCAUUGUAUCCCCUUUCCCUACUCUGUGGAAAAUCUGCUUCUAUCCCCAAAUUGGAAGGAGAUCCUUUAUACUCGGCAAAUAGUGUCCGGGGAGUUGGAAUUGUACAGAUUUUUUUUUAAAGAGCAGACUGCAAGUCUAUUUGCUGUAGGUUAGUUCAUUCUAAUCCUAGACCAAAUCUCCUCAACAGGGUUAAUUGUGUAAAAAUUUCAUGCAAGCGCUUUUCAUUUUUAUCAUAAUAAAAAUCUGCUCUAAAAUGAAUGACAUAGGCAUACAUUCACUUGUUCGGAAAGGUGUUUGGAGAUUUUAACUGCGUGCUGCCUGACUUUUCCUUUCAGUUGAAUAUUUGCACAUCUCAUCCCAUCUUAACAGAAAAUAGAAAUUCUGUAUUCACAGAGAGGGACGUGCUUUUAAGCCAGUCUUGGAUUUAGGAUAAUGAAGUUUAUUCCAUUUAGGAAAACUGUGAGAGGGGUGCUUAAAAGCCCUGCAGAACGUGUAAUUGAUGUUCCUUUAUCCACUUCUCACUUUCAUACAUCCCAGGACAACUUCACAUCCCCUCCCAGUGCCCAGCCCUCAACAAGAGAAGGAAGAAAGGCACCCUCCGGUCAAGUCAGCUUACGAGCGAUUUUUAGCUUUCUUUCGAAGGACAGUGACACAUGAUUUCGUUUCCAAAUAUUUCUAACGAUUUUCUGCUCAAGUGUAAGAUAAUGGAGCAAAGAGUUUAUAGGAACGGCAAAGAGCGGGGUGGGGGAUGGGGAAGGCGUUUUUGAUGAACCGUUUGCUGCUCGCGGAGGGUAACGGCAUUUCUGCUGACUCCUCAGGCCGAGGUGUUCUUUUAUUUAUUUUUCUUCCUUGUCUUCAAUUUUUUCUUUUUCUUUUCUUUUCUUUUCUCUUCUUUCUUCUCUUUCCUUUUUUCUUUCUUUCUUUCUUUUUAAGAAAAAUCUGAUCUGGGCGACUUUGUUUGUCUCCCAAUAUUGAAAGCUCCGGACUUCACGUUUUGUUUUUGUUCAAAGAAAGCCUUCCCCUCCUUUUGCGGGACUGCCCGUUUCAUCGUAAGCACGACGAAGGGGUUCAGCACUCUUUAGUAUAAAGAAACGGGGCACCUCUCGAAGCGUAUAUAUUUGGGUAAAGCCCACCCCAGUCCCAUUCUUUUUCUGGGGUUCCGGGACUUUGGGAUCCUCCCAUCUGACGGCUAGAACCUUGCACUUACUAAGAGCGUAUAUUUUACAUUAAAGAGGAUAACAGGAGAGUCUCGAAAUGCAGGCAUUCUACCAAGCCUGUCUCCUUUCUUUUUCUCGCUCGCUUCCCCUUCCUGUCCCCUGCUCCCCGACCCGGGCCCCCUUUCCCACUGCGCCCGCCGCUCUUGAACUUGUUUCUGGAGGAGCAGAAGGCGCGGGCUCCCGACCGUCACGAGCCCCAGGUAAGGAUCAAGGCGCUUGCGGGCAGCGGCGGAUCCCCACCUGCUGCGGCGGCCGCAGGGCGUCAGAGCGGGGGUCCGGGGGAGGCGGGGGCCGCGCCGGGCCUGGAGACCCGCCGGGGAGUGGGCGAGGCGCGCCGAGCGGAGGAGCGGAGGGCUGUGGCCACCAGCCCGAGACUCCUUCACCGAGGACGCAGGCAGUUUAGAAGGCGGCAGGACGGGGGAAGGGGGGAGGGGAGACACGAAAAACGGGGGUGCACUGGAGGCCAAGGUCACGGUCCGGCUGCCCCAGGCCCCAGUGCUGGGGCCGAGGCGCUCCGGCGUGACCUGUGCUUAGAACACCUCCCCGCCCCCCAGCCAAGAGCUUGACUGCCCCUGGGUCCAAGCUCCGCGGCCUGUGCUAUGUUUGCCCACCUGACCCCCGCCGGGCUCCUGGAGGCCGAGGUCAGGGUCUCAGGCCUGGGGGGAGGCCCCUCCUCCCCAGCGCCAGCCGGCUGGGCUCGGACCCAGCCCGCUUCGGGAGUCCCAGUCCUGGCUCGAGCCAGUCAGUGGUGGCGGUGGAGAGGCCGGGACCGGAGGGUGGGCAGUCAGCGGAGGCCGGCACUUCCGAGGGGAGACAGUUCCAGAAGGAUUUCUGGGGCCCCACAGGCUGGCCCGGGCGCGCGAGGGUCCUGCAGGGGAGACGCAGGGCUGUCUGCAACCUGGAAGGGGCGCGCCGAGGUAAACUUCAGCAGCCGCUGGUCAGCUGCGCGCACCCCAGCUCACAGCAGCGCCCACUCCCACCUCCACGGGGCCGUCCACCCCCUCCCGCGCCGGUGCCCUCUCCCCUCCACUUUUCCCCCCGCGUGGGCCCUGCUUGGUCUUGCCACCUCGCUCUGGGAAGUAGUAAACCGCAGAGGGAAGGUGGGGGAGCCUUUUCCUCCAGUAGCCCCCCCCUCCCCAGGCGCAGUCCUUAGAGGUGGGAAGGUCCCAGGGCCCAGCCUCCACAGGGGCGUCCCUCUGAGCCCAAGGCAGGGGUGCCCCGCAGAAGAGGGCCUCUCCAGUGAGGACUGAUCCAGGAGGGGAGAAAGGCACGGGAAGGGUUAAUUGUGGGCCGGGAGACCAGAGCUGGCGGUUGGGCCUCAGUCCCCCACCUCUGGAGCAAACCUCGGAGGCUUCCACCCGGAGGACCCCUCCUGGGUCUGGGCUUUACCGCCUACAGCCGGGCGGGAGGCGAGACUCUCCAGCGGGGCUCUGCCCUGGCUGCCUUCUCUGAAGUCCAGAAGCAGGCACGGAAGGAGCUGGCCCCUUUUAAAAAGACCCAACCUUCGGAAUGAUAUUUGUCGGUGUCAAUGCAUCUGACAUCAACUAUUCCGCGGGCCGAUAUGACCCUUCAGUCAAGACCCCCUUUGAUGUAGGUUUUGAAGGUGUGGGAGAGGUGGUAGCCUUAGGCCUGUCAGCCAGUGCCAGCUACGCCGUUGGCCAAGCGGUGGCUUACAUGGCCCCGGGCUCCUUCGCUGAGUACACAGUGGUGCCUGCCCGGGCUGCGGCUCCCGUGGCCUCCGCACAGCCUGAGUAUGUGUCCCUGCCAGUCAGUGCUACCACUGCGUACAUCAGCCUGAACGAGCUCGGAGGGCUGUCGGAAGGGACAAAAGUUUUGGUGACGGCGGCAGCUGGGGGGACAGGCCAGUUUGCCGUGCAGCUUGCAAAGAAGGCCAAGUGCCAUGUAAUUGGCACCUGCUCUUCCGAUAAAAAAUCCGCUUUUCUGAAAUCCAUUGGCUGCGAUCGUCCCAUCAACUAUAAGACGGAGCCUGUGAGCACUGUCUUGAAGCAAGAGUACCCCAAAGGUGUGGAUGUGGUCUACGAAUCCGUCGGGGGCGCCAUGUUCGACUUGGCCCUGGAUGCCUUGGCUGUCAAGGGGCGUCUGAUAGUCAUUGGCUUCAUCUCUGGCUACCAGACUCCUACCGGCCUUUCUCCUGUGAAAGCAGGGACAUUACCGGCCAAACUGCUGAAGAAAUCUGCCAGUGUCCGCGGCUUCUUCUUGAACCAUUCCCUUUCUAAGUAUCAAGCAGCCAUGGACCACUUGCUUAAGAUGCACGCGGCUGGAGACCUGGUCUGCGAGGUGGACCUUGGAGAUCAGUCUGCAGAAGGCAGGUUUAUUGGCCUGGAGUCUGUAUUCCGGGCUGUUGAUUAUAUGUACAUGGGAAAAAACACUGGAAAAAUUGUAGUUGAAUUACCUCGCUCUGUCAACAGUAAGCUCUAAAAACAGAACAAUGACAUAAAUCCGAGGAGAAAGAAAAUGGGCACUUUACUCUUCAGAAUUACUCAAAUCAAGUUAUUUGUAGAUGGCUAAUGGGUAUGAUGUUUCUUAAACAAAAGUCAGGAGUUAAUGAAUAAGUUUCUCUUUAUUUCUUUUCUCUCUCCCUCUCUCUUUUUUUUUUUUUUUUUUUUUUGCCCCUCCCUUGAAAAAUAAUGCUAAUAAAAACUUCUCUUGAUGGCUCAGAGGUAAAACCGUAAUACUCGAUUCUUUGGUCAUGGACCAUCUCAUUCCAGAUUUUAUUGUUCCAGAGAAUUAAAUUAAUUCCUGAUGCAAGAUCUGAUCAAAUCAGUAUGUCUUCAGCUUGAUGAGAUUUUAAAAUCAGUCUUGAAAAUAGUCCACAAUUUCUUUACUUUGGGAAAGUUUGGUCUUAGGCUAAUGAGCAGUUAAUAAAUGAGAGAGAGAACAGAAAGGCUGCCAUAUAUUUUCAGAGUCCAUAUUCCCAGGAAAUGGCCCUCCUGCCUUUUCUACAAAUUACCAACUAUCUAAAUAGAAAUUGAGAGGAAUUCUCCCAAAACCUUGAUUUUGUUAGGUUAUUAGAAAAAUGACUAUUUGAACACAGACCUAUUUUUUUUUAAAGUGUCUAUUAUUUAAUGCUUUAUGCACGAUUAUCCCAGUGAGGCCUUUGUGGAACCCAAAGUUUGUCUCUGCCCUUAAGAAGCAAAUUAGUAUUGAAAACCGAUACGACAAAAACAGGCUUUAGGAAGGGAUACUACAGAGAUGGGAGGCUUUAAAAACUUCGGACCUGCCCCCCGAAUGGAGCGGUUGUGCUGCGCCCACAUCCACGGGGAGGGUCUGCCUAACAAAGGGGAGGCAGUCUUUAGGCAUACAGCCAGAGAUUAAUAACAGCAUCCCUCCUCUGCCUGAAGCAGGCUCUAGCAGACAGCGCUGUGCAGAGGAGGGCCUGACGCAAUCUAAAAUAACAAGACAUUCGCUUCAUGUUUCAGACUUUCGGACACAGUGUGUUUUCUCUCUGCUCUUGGAAACAGGCUAGUGCAUGUGGCACAGAACACUGUCCCCGUGUCCCCAUUUUCCUUCCCCACACGUUCUGUGGGAAUGAGCGGCUCCUCGUCUCUACUGCCCACUGCCCGGGGUCACAUGUGAGAGGCGCGUCUGGAGCCCCAUGUGGGGAACCGCGGGCGGCCCACCCGCCUGCCUCCUCACCUUCAGCUCGCGGGGCAGGCUGCGGCUUCCAGCACGUUUGAAAUCCCACCGCGCCUCUCUGGUGGGAGGCAGAGCCCACCCGAUUAUUUUUCAAAGCCCUGGGUUUCAGCGUCUCUAACCUGCUCCAUAAAUAGGAACGCAAUUAAAGAUGCUCCAGGAAACUUGGUGACCGUAUUUAAUUUUUCUCUCCUCCCAUCUUGAGGGGCAAGGGAAUCCCACCACUGAAGAGCGGUUAGUAUCUGUUUUACAAGAUUUACUCAUUUUCAGGUGCCUGACGUAGCUGCUAGCAUGCAUGCACAACAAUACAAUUUAUAUGGUAAAUGGGACCGAAUAAUGGCUUCACUGAAUGUUAUGGCUGCGCUGAAGGGAGAUGUCACGGUAAAUAGCCGCCAAAUUAUGGAUCGUGCCGCAGUGUCACAACUGCACUGAAGACAGAUAGCACUGGGGGCGAUCGCCACUGGGACGUCUGUGAGUUAUGAAGAAGGCGGGCGGCCUGAUGCGGGGCUCUUUGUGUCCUCGUUAGGGCAGGGGUGCUGGUGCGGGGUGCGAGAGGAGUGGCCCAGCGUGGCGCUGGGGGUCAUCUGUCCCUUUCUGACCCAGCAGCUCCGGCCACAAGAAGGAGACUUUUCUGCCCGCUUUCAGCAGCGUCUCACACGCGGGUCAGGGGACAGGUUCUGGGAAUGCUCAGUGCCCAGGAAGUGACCGGCCACGGGCGGACGCUGUGAUCCACCCGAGCCGUCCACGGAGGUGAUGCGACUUCACGGGGUAUCUGUUGCUUCCCACGCAGAGAGAUGUGCGCGGUCUGAAGCGGCCGCCCCUCUCCCCCCACGGAGGCUCCAGGAGCAAGGACCCCGCCAGCUGAACUCCUGCUUCCAAACUGCAGCGCGUCCCGGUUUCUUUCAUUUUAAUGGGAGGGUAAUAAAGAUGAAAGACCAGCAUUUGAGCUGAUGGAUCCCUUAAGCUACAGAAUAGAAAUUUAUGAUGUUUUGAAGGAAUAGACGAAAUUCAGCGAUGUAAAAAAAAAAAAAAAAAUU